AUGUCCCUUGCGGGUGAAGAAGCCCUGACCAACGCUUCUAGUACGGCCCUCGAGACACCACCGCACCCUCCCGCCUCCUCUCAGGCCGAGAAGAGUGAAGCUUUGGCCCGCCACUCCACCGCCGCCGCCGCCGCCGCCGACGUCGAAGACCACCUCUGCCUGCGUUCCGAAUCGAACCCUUAUGGCCUCUCUUUCGCCUUCAAGAACCCGGAGGAACUCGUUUGCUUUAAGGCCAACACCUUGCGUGAGAUAAACUCAGUCGGCAAUAGUUUUGGCAGCAGCGGCAGCGCCUGGCACCGGAGCAACAAGAUCCAGAAGUCUUACAAACCCCAGAGGUCCUACAAAACCCAGAACGCCGCCAUCAAGCGCAUGCUCAAACCCGUUGACGAGCUCGUCGCUGAGGCCCGCCAGGAGACCAGCGAUAACCAGCCGCAGUUCCGUGUCGCCGUCUGGGGCUCCUUCGGCCUCAAUAUCGUCCUCACGGUCUUGCAGAUAUACGCCGCCAUCAGCACUGGAUCCCUCUCCCUUAUCACCACCAUGGCCGACGCCAUACUUGACUCUUCCAGCAACCUGACGCUCAUCCUCGCCGACCGCGCCAUGAAGUGCGUCAACCCACGCCGUUUUCCUGCCGGCAAGGCCCGCCUCGAGACCGUAGGCAACAUUGUGUUCUGCUUCUUCAUGAUAUCAGUCUCACUUGUAAUCAUCGCCUUCGCCGCGCGCGAGCUGGUGAGUCAGCCCAUGAAGAAGGGGACGGAGACGUUCCGCAUCGAACCCAUCGUCAUCGUCUGCGUCGCCUUCGCCUCAAAACUCGUCUUGUAUCUCUUCUGCUUCUCCCUGCGAAACCGCUACUCUCAUGUGCGCAUCCUCUGGUCCGACCACCGCAGUGACCUGCUAGUCAACGGCUUCGGCAUUCUCACAUCCGUUGGCAUAUGGCUGCUCAGUGCCAUUGCCGAGUUCACGUUGCUCGCCAGCGUCACCGCCUCGGUCGAGACGCAGCAACUCAUCACGUACGUCUGUCUGACCCAUUCCUUCGUCAUCCAGGGCAUCGACACGGUGUGCGUCUAUCACUCGGGGCCACGACUCACCGCCGAAGUGAACAUAGUUAUGGACCCUGAGAACAUCCUUGCCGAGACACAUGACGUGGCUGAGGCGCUGCAGAUCAAGCUGGAAAGCCUGUCCCAUGCGGAGCGGGCCUGUGUACAUGUUGACUACGAGACCACCCACAAGCCGGAGCAUGCUUUCAGGAAGAAUUUAUAG